AUGUCAUCGCCCAAACCCCCUCCGCCCCCUGCCUCCGAGGGCGCAUCCGGCGUCAGGAACCGCGCCCGCCGCCCGUCCGCCGCGGAAACCCUCCUCUCGUCGGUGGAGUCGACGGCCAUCCGCCUCGAGAAGAAGGUCGAGGACGCUCUCCUGGUCCUCUGGGACGAUCUCCCCUCCUGGCGCCGCGACAACGCCUACAUCCUGACGGGCUACCGCCGCGCCUCGGGCUCGUACCUCGGCUCCCUCCGGUCCCUGGCCUACCUGCACAACGAGUCCGUCAACAUCUGGUCCCACCUCGUCGGCGCCGUCGCCUUCCUGCUCGCCGGCCUUGUGCUGUACACCACCGUCGCGCCGCGCUACGCCUCGGCCGCGCCCGCCGACGUGCUCGUCUUCGCCUGCUUCUUCGCCGGCGCUAUCUCCUGCCUCGGCAUGAGCGCCACCUACCACGCCGUCUGCAAUCACUCGCCCGAGGUCGCCAAGUGGGGCAACAAGCUCGAUUACUCGGGCAUCGUCUUCCUCAUCGUCGGCAGCUACGUGCCGGCCAUGUACUACGGCUUCUACUGCCACCCGUCGCUGAUGCGCUUCUACCUGUGGACGAUCAACCUUCUCGGUCUCGGCUGCGGCGCCGUCUCCUGGAUCGAGUUCUUCCGCUCCCCCGAGUGGCGCACCUUCCGCGCCUGCAUGUUCGUCGCCCUCGGCACCUCGGGCGUUGUGCCCGUCCUCCACGGCGCCGCCCUCUACGGCCGCGCCGAGAUGGAGGCCCGCAUGAGCCUCAGCUGGGUCGUCCUGCACGGCGCCCUGUACAUCUUCGGCGCCUUCCUGUACGCCGUCCGCUGGCCCGAGCGGUCGUUCCCGGGGACCUUUGACAUCUGGGGCAGCUCCCACCAGAUCUUCCACUUCUUCGUCGUCGCCGCCGCCGCGACGCACCUGUACGGCAUGGCCAAGGCCUUUGACUACCACCACACCGUCCGCGGGUCGCUUUGCUUGUAG